AUGCCAUUGAGACCAGUAACUUACACACCACCCGCCUCUGCUGUCUUCUACGAGUACUCUUACCCAGCUGUGAAACCUGUAGUGCCGAUAGUUCUCAAAACACCAAUUGUAGGCCUACCACUGAAACCAGUCCAGUACAUGACUUUUGCUCCCCCAUACUCUGAACAUUCUACUCCAACUCCACUGAAGACUCUUAAGUAUACAACAACAGUGCCUGCAGUUAGCUGUGAAUAUGUACCUCCUGCGCCGGUAAAACCAUUGAAGCCCAAUGUGUACUCAACUCCUUCUCCCCCGACAGUGAGCUACGAGUAUUCCAUUCCAAACUGUUACAAAUCGACCACGUCAAUUCUAAAACCCCUAGUUGAUUUCCCUCCUGUUCAGUAUUUAACUCCCGCUCCUGGUCAUUUUGAAUACUCUACUCCAGUUCCAGACAAAACCUACUACUUUUCAAUGACUCCAGUAAGCUAUUAA